CUUACCUCUGAUCCCCAGGUGACUUAAUUAACAUACAAAUAAAAUCACAUUUCAGCACAAAUAAAAUAUCACCAUAUUAGGUGGUUCUAAAGUUUUUAGCUCUCGCAACUAAGAAAGUACCUCCCCAAAAGGGAAAGUAAUGAUAAAUGUGUGAUAAAGUGAAAUCUAGGCAGGUCUACAGGAGUGGGCGUUUGUAGUCACAAGUACUAUGAAGGCUGAAGAAAGAAUUACUAAAGUUCAGGGGUUAAGGGCCAGCUGAAUAACACAGCAAGAACUCAAAUCACUUUCAUUUGUAUAAUAUUUCAUAUAUGUGCACACUUCUUAGUGGAACACACUUAAGGAAUAAGUAUUGCAAAAAUCUUCCUGUUAAAAUCAUCUGAAGGUUACAAAUGAGUUUGUAUUUUGGCAUUUAAGCAAUAAGGGUCCAGAAUCAAGGCUGCCCUAGCUCAAUUCUAAUGUUAGUCUGCCGCACUUAACUCUGUGACUUUAAAAUCAUCCAAAUUUUGUAGCUGAAUUACCUGUAAAAUGAUGUCCUGAACAUUAAUAGUAGGCUGGCACAAAAAUGUUACCUUAUUGUUACACACCAAAGAAAAAUGUCUCAUUUAAAAAAAAUGAGCUCGAUAUUGUAAUUAUGAAUUUGUACCCGUUCUUAGGGUGUAGUCUGUUGGUCUGUGAUAAGAUUUACUUACUUACUUUUUUUUCACUCAGACCUUCACACUCUGCAAGGCAAAGAUGUGUAUGCUGGCACUUCCCAACCUUGCAUCGUAAAGCCUUUGCUUGCUACAGUUUUAAAGGUUGGUAGGGAGAAGAUUCGAGAUACAUCCAUUCAAGCUUAAUUAAAUUCACAAACCAAGUCAACAAAAACAAAACGAUGCAAAAAUUAGUACAUGCUACACAGAAGGUUGAGUACAUAGUGAUAUGGGGCUAUAGAAUGCAACACUAUUUUUUUUUACUGUUGACAACUUAUUUGGCUGACUUCGUGAUAACAGAAUGAGCCAGCCACAGGUGUUUCCCUUGGAAAGCGGGAGCGAAGGUUUAGACUACAACCACGAGCACUUCCAUCCUCUGGGAAUCCAGUGCUAAUUCUGCUGGUGUUCUGACUUCUGAUGAAAAUACCCUUUCCCCAUGAAAGUGGAAGGUGUCUCAGGUAGGAUGACAAUUACCCUAUCCUUUUUCUCUCGGUGGCAGCAAAAGGAAAGGCAGGACUCUUUCCUAAAAUGUAGCAUCGUGUGGGCGCAGUGCAAUCAGAGCUGAAUUCGGACCCCUCUUCAUAAGCCGCUGUCAGUGUGACCUGUCUUGGCGCUCACAAACCUGGCAAGAACGCCGGAGGGCAAGCUGCAAGGCUCACGACGUCCUGAAGCAUUUCUCUACCAAGCAGCUCCCGAGCCAUAGGAAACACCUCGGCCGUAGAACUGUGUCGCUGCCCCGUGGCGUCACUUCCGGGCGCCGGCGCUCCGAGCGGAUGCCCGCAGCUUCCCAAGGAAUCAUUUGUAGAGUAGAAAGUAUGCUAAUAUUAAGUAAGACAGCAAGAGUUUUUUCCAAACCACCAAAGAGUAAUAUUUUUGGACUUUUAAGAAGUUUUAGUGUUUGCCCUAGAAGACUUUUUUGUCAUAAACUGGUACUGGGAAUUGAAACCAGCUGUGAUGAUACAGCGGCUGCUGUAGUGGAUGAAGCCGGACAUGUGUUGGGAGAAGCAAUGCAUUCCCAGACCGAGGUUCAUUUAAAAACAGGUGGGAUUGUUCCUCCAGUAGCUCAGCAGCUUCACAGAGAAAAUAUUCAGCGAAUAGUAGAAGAAACUCUUUCUGCCAGUAGAGUCUCUCCACAAGACCUCUCAGCGAUUGCAACUACCAUCAAACCAGGACUGGCCCUGAGCCUGGGCGUAGGCUUAUCAUUCAGCUUACAGCUCGUCAAUCGGUUUAAAAGGCCGUUCAUUCCGAUUCAUCAUAUGGAGGCUCACGCACUUACAAUUAGGCUAACCAAUGAAGUAGAAUUUCCUUUCCUAGUUCUUUUGAUUUCUGGAGGUCACUGUCUGCUGGCAUUAGUCCGAGGUGUGUCAGACUUUCUGCUUCUCGGGAAGUCUUUGGACAUAGCGCCAGGUGACAUGCUGGACAAGGUGGCAAGAAGACUUUCUUUAAUCAAACAUCCAGAAUAUUCUACGAUGAGUGGUGGGAAGGCUAUAGAACAUUUGGCCAAACAAGGAAAUAGAUUCCAUUUUACUAUCAAUCCUCCCAUGCAGAAUGCUAAAAAUUGCGAUUUUUCUUUUACGGGACUUCAGCAUGUUAUCAAUAAGCUAAUAACGCGCAAGGAGAAAGAAGAAGGCAUUGAGGAGGGGCAAAUCCUGUCUUCAGCUGCAGACAUUGCUGCUGUGGUGCAGCAUACAACAGCGCGCCACCUUGCAAUGAGAACAUAUCGUGCUAUUCUGUUUUGCAAGCAAAAGGAUCUGUUACCUCCAGCUAACGCAGUAUUAGUUGUAUCUGGAGGUGUUGCAAGUAACUUGUAUAUCCGAAGAGCAUUGGAAAUUGUAGCAGAUGCAACACAAUGCACUUUGUUGUGUCCUCCUCCAAGACUGUGCACUGAUAAUGGCGUUAUGAUUGCAUGGAAUGGGAUUGAAAGAUUACGUGCUGGCUUGGGCAUUUUACAUGAUGUAGAAGACAUCCGAUAUGAACCAAAAUGUCCUCUUGGAGUAGACAUAUCCAAAGAAGUUGCAGAAGCUGCCAUAAAAGUACCACGAUUAAAAAUGACAAUUUAAGUGGUGAUUAUCAAAGGUCUCUACAGAGGACCCCAGCAUCCACAUGGCAGCUCCCAAGUGUACAUAACUCCAGUUCCAAUGGAUCCAGCAUCCUUUUCUGACCUCCUAGGGCACCAGGCAUGCAUGUGGAACACAAACAUAAAUGUAAGCAAAACACUCAUACAUGUAAAAUUUAAAAAAUUGGUAAUAAAUCUUAAUUUGUUUAAAGGAAGAAUGUUGCUAUGUCCACUGAUUUUGCCACUAGAUGUUUCUAUAUACUGGGCCAAGUUGUGUAGAUGUAACCGUCUUGUUA